AUGAAUGACACCUUUACACUUCCCGUCCGGUCCCGCCCUCUCGGCGUCUCAGCAGGGUAUACCACAGACUCCUACGACAGUAACACCAUUUCUGGUACACAGUUGAGCGAACUCAACACCAGCUCUCUAUCGUACAAAUGUCGCACCAACGACCGGCUAUCUGGUCUGAGAUCUUCAUCAAGCUCUUCUGCUGCUGCGAGAGUUAUGAUUAAAGGAAGCACCCACAAGACAGAAGUCGAUGAGGCAGCUGCUUUCGGGAACCUGCAACGAUUAGCCACCCAGUCCUACUAUCACUUUGAGAUUGUAUCAAUUUCCGAAGACCUACCAUCAAAUGCGACGGCUCCUCAGGAGACCAUGGCGAGACAGACUUCAUUGAAAGACACUGCCGGUCCUGUAGGGACUUAUCCCCUGACACGGGUGAAGGCCCGAAUCCAAACCCAAUUUGAUGGCCCAGCAGAAAACCGGCACCCAGACAGUGCUAGUCCAUCAAUCAAACCACCACAAAUGGAAAGGAGAACUAAGAGAAAGGCUUCUGUUAUCUCUCUUCGAAGCUUGACAGAGGGCGUGAAACGGUCUCGAGCCGGAGUUGAGAAACUGGCACACAAUAUUUGUCAUAACAGCUGCAACAAAGUUCGCCAAGCCUGUCAGAGUAUCAAGCGUCAACAUAAGGAGCAGAAAAAACACCACUCGGCCUGGAAGACACUGCGUCGCAAACUUAGACCUGGGGAUGCCAGCAAGGGCAAACAUGAGAAAGAAUCCGCGUCUUUCUCGAUCGAGAAAAGCGGGCAUGGGACUGAGUGUUGGUGGAAAGCUGGCGUAGAGAAGUAUCACGCCCCUAAGUGGAUGCGCUUCGGGAAAUAG